ACUUCAUAACCAAAAUUAUGUGAAUUUUCAUCAGGCGGAGGUCAAAUCGAAAAACUUCCGACGAUCUCGAUCUCUCUACAACCCUCAAAUGGAGUGAACAGAAAGACUGACGUCAAAAAAGACAUAGCUGAGAACAAUGUAACUUGUUCCUUGCCCCAACCGCCAUCAGUUGCAGCCAUGACAACAACAUUUCGAGAAAGUUAUCAAGGAUUGUUCGGUCCUCCUGCUCCAAGCACGAGACGCAAGGAAAUUUUACCAGGUCCACAUAAAGUUGGUCCGUCGUCAUACAGUGUCGACUUCUGCCCCAAACCGCUAAGGAAGCGCACGCCACCCAGAGUACGAGAAGGCAACAUCCUUAAUUCGUAUCCUGGUAAUGUUCUUUACCCAUACAAACUGCCCGAGGAGAUAAUUACUGUAUGGAAGCCAUUUCCGGUCAAGAUGUCAGAUUGUGAUCAAACAGAAGAGCUUCUCACAAGGCUUGUUAGCAAGAUGUAUCGAACUUCAUAUCAAUUAGAUUUUCAGCAAUAAGAUCCGAGUUUUAAAACCUUUCCUUUCCCGAAAAAUGUCACCCGCCCAUCAAUAAG